AUGGACAAGAUAAUUCUCAACAAGCUCUCAGUCCGAGCUCCUCUUGGUGCAUUCCAGUGGCCAAAACCCGGGUCGGAGGAGCUAUCACAACCAUUGGUCAUAUCAGCCGCAGCACCUCUCUCAGUCGAAUUAGCGGCAUCGUCAGACUCCCUGCCUAACUCCGUGAACUAUGGCACCCUUGCAAAAUUAAUUGAAAGAGUGGUCGCUGGAAUACUUCCAGGCGGCGAGAUCAACUCUCUCGAGACUUUGGGAUACGCACUUUGCACGGACUGCCUGAAGACGUUCCCCAACUUGGACGAGAUCAACAUCGAGGUCGAGAAGCCUCGAGCUCACUUGUAUGCCAAGGGUGCUGGAAUCAAGAUGACAGCUCAAAGGGGCGAUGUCACCUGUGGAGACGUCGCAAAAAUCGCUGCCUCUCGUUUUUAUAUUCGGGAUCUUGAGUUUUUCACUGUUAUUGGAAUCAACCCUGGGAGCGA